AGGCGCCGCGGGCCGCAGUCGCCAUGAGCGGGGCGCGGGCGGCGCUGGGUGGCGGGCUGUGGGCGGCGGCAGGGCCGCGCUGGCUGUGGGCGGCGGCGGCGGCGGCGGCGCUGGCCGCCCUGCUCGGGGCCUGGCGCUGGGGCGGCGGGCGGCGGCGGCGGCGGGCGGCGGGCGGGCGGCUGCAGCGCGUGGGGACGGUGUCGCGGCUCUUCGUGUACCCGGUGAAGUCGUGCCGCGGCGCGGAGGUGCCGCGGGCGCAGGUGACGCCGAUGGGGCUGCGGAGCGGGGAGCUGCGGGACAGGUUCUGGCUGGUGACCAAGGAGGACGGGCACAUGGUGACGGCGCGGCAGGAGCCGCGGCUCGUCCUCGUGUCGGUCGGCUGCGAGGACGGCUGCCUGACCUUAAACGCCCCGGAGAUGAAGCAGCUGCGUUUCCCUGUCAGUCUCUCCAGGAAAAACCCCGUGCGCAACUGCAGGUUGUUCGGAUUGGAUAUCCAAGGCAGGGACUGUGGUGAUGAAGCAGCUCAGUGGAUUACCACUUUCCUGAAUACAGAGCCAUAUCGACUAGUGCACUUUGAACCUUCCAUGGUGCCAAGAAAGUCAAAGGAUAUAAUAAACCUUUUUCGAACCACAGAUGAGGUUGCCUACCCUGACUGUAGCCCAGUCUUGAUCCUCACAGAAGCUUCACUGGAAGAUCUAAACACCAGACUGGAGAAGAAAGUUAAGAUAGAGAACUUCAGGCCAAAUAUUCUUGUUACAGAUUGCCGUGCUUAUGAAGAGGACUCCUGGGAGGAUAUUCUUAUUGGUGAUGUGGAGAUGAAAGGGACAGUGUCUUGUGCCAGGUGUAUUUUAACAACUGUUAACCCAGACACUGGGGUCCUGGAUAGGAAGGAGCCACUGGAAACAUUGAAAAGUUACCGCUUAUGUGAUCCAUCUGAGCGACAUAUAUACAAAUCCAGCCCUCUCUUCGGAAGGUAUUUUGCUGUUGACAAAACUGGAACAAUUCAAGUUGGAGACCCUGUGUACAAGAUAAUCCAGUAAAGGGAGAUAGAUUUUGAUCUGAAAAUGCCUUUUCACUUUGAUAUUAAAUUGUUUUCCCGUGAACACAA